GGGAAAAGUGUUGAACUUGUUGGGCUGCCACGUGCAGGACUACCUCAGAGCCAAGGAGCUGCUUAUGGGAAAACAGCAUGAUCAGAGUGAACAGCUGUGGAAAGCAUAUUCAAGCAUUACUAAACCUCACCUUGUUAUGAACGAUGAUGCAGAGGAACUCAACUAUGUCAGAGCUGUUGUUGAUUUGUUGCUUCGUGUUUUGGUACCAUCACCACAUUUAGAAACCCGCACGGGACAGUUUGUUGUCGGAGAGCUCAUCACCUGCAACGCCCUGCUCCCUUUUUUUGCGAAAUUGUCUGACCCAGACUGGCUGAAUCUCCUUGUGAUUGAAAUCUUUGGUAAGUCCAGCACGCCACAUGAAGCAAUAGCAAAAGAACCACAGCCUUCCUCACUAGCACUACCUUCUGCAGAAUCUGAGAUGGCUUUGCCCCAACAAGUAGCACAUGUAUCUCAAACAAAUAAUGAAGUUCCUUUACAAAGAGCACAGGUUGAGCACUUUAAUAACCCAGAUGUGGCAGCCCCUGUGCUUACUGCCUAUGAUGUGAAUGACUCUGAGGAAGAUAAAUCUACUCAACCAUGUUUAAGGCACUACAUAAGAGGAAGAAAGUUAAACCCAUUUUACCAAGAAAAUGACUCAGACCUGGACUCUCCGUUGGCUGACUAUAAGCAAAGUUCUACUGAUUCAUUGCUCAUAAUGGGCCAAGAAGAGGAUUUGUUUGACAGGCAGAAAGACUGUGCCUCAACUGUUGAGAGCAACAAUGGUAUGGACUCAGAAGAUGUUUGCUCCACACCUGUGGAUAGCUCAUGCCCUAAAGUCUUUGUAAAUUCAGUAGUGGUGAUGCAUCCUACUGAGAGUGGCAUAUCAUCGCUUAGAGCAGCAGAUGGGCUAUACAGUGUCAGAAGUCUUCAGGACUUGGACAAAGAGGGAAGUUCUUCUGCAGUCAACCCGAACAGAGAGCUUCUGUUAGGCAUAGAACAGACUGGAUUGGGGAAUGCUAAUGAGCUGGCUAUCACAAGUCCAUUGCAGGGCUGUUCUCCACUGUCAACAUUUAGCUUUGAGCCCCUCAGCAGCCCUGAAGGACCAGUCAUCAUCCAGAACCUCCGGAUCACUGGCACAAUCACUGCUAAGGAACACCGUGGCACUGGCUCACACCCCUACACACUUUAUACUGUCAAAUAUGAGACAUCGAUGAGUUGUGAGAACCCAGAAAGUAUCCAAGCAGGUUCUGAUGAUUUAGAGGCCAUUCAAGCAGGCUGUGAGAUUCCAUCAUCCAUCCAGCCUGUAGCCUAUCACAUGGUCAACAGACGAUACAGUGAAUUUCUCAACCUGCAAACUCGGCUUGAAGAAAAAACAGAUCUUCGAAAACUUAUUAAGGGUGUGAAAGGUCCAAAGAAAUUAUUUCCCGACAUGCCAUUUGGCAACAUGGACAGUGACAAGAUUGAGGCCAGAAGAGGUCUACUUGAGACCUUUGUAAAGCAUUUAUGUGCCAUCCCUGAAAUAGCCAACAGUGAAGAGAUGCAGGAGUUUCUUGCCCUCAAUACAGAUGCCAGGAUUGCCUUUGUUAAGAAGCCUUUCAUUGUUUCACGCAUAGAUAAG